GUAAAAUCUGGGUGUCUCUGUCGGUGGUAAUAGUGAAGAGAACCUAAAAUUGCUUAUCUUACACUCAAACGUCAGUUACACAAAGCGAAGCACCACUCUGCUAAAGAAAUUAGAAAUACUACUAAAGAAUUCUAUAUUACAACUCUCACUUCUUCUCCAUUUGCUCUGUUCUCUACUUUACAGCCAUUUCUUGUCUCUAGCAAUUCUCCCAAUUUGCUAGAUUCAGUCUCCAUUUCUCAUCAAAUGCUUCCUCCAUACUCAGACGAGUCCCUUGAAGUCGAUGAAACCCUACGAAAACCUCCCAAAGCCAAUAACAACGACCUUUUCAAGAAUGCACUGAGCAAUUUCCAGUUCCAGAUUUCUACUCACCCACGUUUCUGGCUUUUCACCUUCUUCCUCUUCUUCCAACUCGUAGUUCUCAUAUUUACCCGCAAUUCCCCCUUCCCCUUUUCAACCCACUCCCCACCCCAAUCCCUCCCCCACUUCCCUUCAGAAACCGCAUUGUUUGCCGACUUACAGAAACCCCAUCAUGAUCCAAAUAUUAUUUAUCCUUUCGGAGAUUCGGAGUGCGAGUAUGGUCGUGUUUAUGUCUAUAAUCUACCUUCUAAAUUUAACAAAGACCUGGCUUUAACUACCUGUGACGAUCUAGACCCGUGGAAGUGGCAGUGUGGACUAGUCACCAAUGACGGAUACGGAAAGAGAUCAACGGACCUCACCGGAAUCUUGCCGGGAAAUCUCUCCGCAGCGUGGUACCGUACAAAUCAGUUCUCAUCGGAGGUAAUAUUUCAUUACCGGCUUUUAAACUACAGGUGCAGAACAAACGACCCUGAUUCUGCUACUGCUUUCUACAUUCCGUUCUACGCCGGACAGGCUGUCGGAAAAUACCUAUGGACCGAUGAAAUCGAAAAUCGUGAUUUGCUUAGCAAUAAAGUACUGAAAUGGAUCCAGAGGCAAAAGUACUGGAAAAAAUAUAACGGGUCGAAUCAUUUCCUAACACUGGGUCGGAUAACGUGGGAUUUCCGACGAUUAGGUGACCCAGAGAAACUCUGGGGUUCCACUUUUCUAAAUCGGCCACAGAUGCAGAACGUUUCGCGUUUCACCAUCGAGAGGGCUCCUUGGGAUGCAAAUGAUAUCAGUAUACCUUACCCUACUGGAUUCCACCCUCACUCCGAGAAAGAACUCAGGGAAUGGCAGAACUUUGUGCUUUCAUAUAACCGCACGAGCCUUUUCACGUUCAUUGGCGCGGCGCGUGGGGAUAUCAACAGUGAUUUCAGAUCGAGGUUAAUGAGUUACUGUAGAAACGAGUCGGAGUCGUGCCGAGUCGUGGAUUGUGCCGUUACUCAGUGCUCUAACGGUUCGUCAGAAAUCCAGAAAGCACUUUUGAGCUCCGAUUUUUGCUUACAGCCGAAAGGGGACAGCUUGACUCGGCGGUCGGUUUUCGAUUGCAUGGUGACCGGUUCAGUGCCGGUUUUUUUCUGGCGACGAACUGCUUACACGCAGUACCAGUGGUUUUUACCAGAGGAACCGGGGAGUUAUUCGGUUUUUAUAGACCCUGAAGCAGUGAGAAAUGGGACGGCUUCCAUUAAGGAAAUAUUGAAAAGUUACAGUAAAGAUCAAGUAAGGAAAAUGAGGGAAAAAGUAGUAGAAACAAUUCCAAGAAUAGUGUAUUCAAGGCCAAGUGGAGGUCUUGGGAGUGUAAAGGAUGCAUUUGAAAUUGCAGUUGAAGGAGUAUUGAAGAGGGUCAAGGAUGAAAAUGAAUGGAAGGAAUACGUGGAUAUGGGCAGUUGAAGAUGAUGAGUUCAUAAUUUGGGGAUUUGAUGAAUGUAAAGUAUAUAAUUCUUUCCCUUAAUAUUGAGCUAUAAGUAUAAUCGUAUAAAUACACGGACAAGUUUGAAGCAGGAUGGGUAAUUCUGUGUGGCUGCUGCUGACAUGAUUCUCAGUUUUUAGAAUCAGCUUAGGUUGCUGGAUUAUGGCUAGGAUUUCACACAUAUAUUACGUACCAAAUAUUUCUAGAGAUUUGUGUUAAGAUCAGACGAAAAAGUGUUUAUCUGCAGGUAAGAGUUAUAUUGAUCAGAUUUUGGCAAUUUCUUUUCUGAUUUUCUCUUUCAGUUGAAUGCACUUUAAUAAGGGUUCAUUGAGAUCAACAUUUCUUCUUUUCUCUCA